UGUGUGUGUGUGUGUGUGUGUGUGUGUGUGUGUGUGUGUGUGUGUGUAUGACUGUAUGUGUGUGUGCUUAGCCAUCACAUUAGUAUUCACCUUGUCCUUUGUGCACACAGCCUCCCCUUUGUGUCUGCCUUACACAGACCAUGAUUUCCCUCACCCCUCUCCUCUCAUCCUCCUCUCCCUCCUUGUAGUAGUCUCUCCUUGUGAGAGGUCUGUCCUCCUCCCUCCUCCUCCUCCCCAUGCCAGCCAUUGCAUUGCAGCCUGUCUCCCAGCCCUCUCCUCCUCUGUAGCUGCUCUGUGGCUCAGCCCCAGACCCCCCCCUCCUCCCAGCCAGCUCUGGUGCCUAGCAUUGCCCCCCACCCCCUUGUUGCUGCCAUUAUCUGGGGUUGGGCAUCCCCCUAGCUCUGAGGGAUUCAUCCUACUCAGCGCACUGCGUCUCUGGGGGAAGCGCAGCGCAGACACUGCAGAAUUCUUUAGGAAAAGCAAAUACUUAAUCCGUAAAACUGGCAAAAUUCAGCAGAAAGAAGCAGUUGCCCCAGAUCUUUCCGGCUAGGACUCAUCUUGGUAUUUCUGCUGAUGCCAAAAAAAUGACCUUGCAGCCUUCAAUGAUCAAGCAACUAAAGAGGAAAAGGAAAAGUAACUUCAGCGUCCAGGAAACGCAGACCUUGCUAACAGAGAUAAAAAAGAGGAGAGAUGUCAUUUUUUCCAAACAGCUGAACACCACAAUUAAUGAAAUGAAACGCAAAGCCUGGGAAGAAAUAGCCGAGUGUGUCAAUGCAUUGGGUGAAGGUGAGCAAAGGACUGGAACUGAGGUUAAACGAAGGUAUCUUGACUGGAGGUCCCUUAUUAAAAGAAAGAGCCUGAAUUCUGAUGUGAAAAUUGGAAGUUCUGGAAUGCACCUGCCAUUGUCUGAUCUAGACUCUAUAAUCGAUGAUACGGAUGAAAAACCAAGUUUGUUAACAGGCGAGUCCAAUUUGGAGUGGAAAAAUGGGUCGGAUAUCCGAGACGCAAACGACUCAAUGACCGAAAUCAAAGUUGAAGAGGAUGAAGAACCUCAGAGCUUUGAAGGUCCUAGCUGGAAAAAGAGAAUGUCACAUCCUUGCUUGGGAAUCCAGUUCAACUCCCGUCAAAAUAGAAUUGUGUAUAAUCAGACGCCUAAUGAUGAGAAGUUUGAGAUGGAAGAAGAUGAAAUGCUGUCAACUGUCCUCCCGGACUCUAGAGAAGAUAACGACCUCCCCGAGGAAUUUCCCCGAAUUGAGGAGUUUGGCACCCUAAGUUCCUUAGCCAGAAUCCCAUACAAGGACUCUCACCUGCUUGUGACGCUGGAGAAGCAGAAACUGGAGAUGGAAAGACAACGCUUGACCAUCGAAGCCGAGAGGCUCCAAGUAGAGAAAGAGAGACUUCAAAUCGAAAGAGAGCGCCUGCGGCAUUUGGACAUGGAGCAAGAGAGACUGCAGCUUGAGAAAGAGCGCCUGCAAAUCGAAAGAGAGAAGCUGAGGCUGCAGGUAAUGCACGCAGAGAAGGCCAACAUGGAAAGUGAUUUUGCACCAGCAGAAAGGAGAGUUUUGCAGCCCUUGGACAUAGAAGCUAAAAAGCUAAACCUGGAACGAGAACAUCUGCAGUUAGAGAAGGAGAGGCUCCAGCUUUUAAAAUUCGAGUCCGAGAAGCUUCACAUAGAGAAGGAACGCCUGCAGGUCGAAAAGGAACGUCUACGAAUUCAGAGGGAGGGCCACUUACAAUAAAAGUGAAACGCGUAACAUGCGUACAUUAGUUUUAUAGUGACUUUGGUCUAGCAUUGUCUUUGUUGCUUAGUCCGUAGACUUUGAUCUCUUUUCUGUAGACCGACAGGGCCUUAUGUAGGUAUGUUCCUCUGCUGUUCUCGGCAGACAGGUUAGCGUGCAGCCAAAUGGUGGUCUUAUCCACUUUGAUGUGCCUGCAUAGUAAUGGUAUAUGAGGCUAUUGGGGAGAUGUAUCAAGUCGUGUAAAUUGAGGAGAAGUGGGCAAGUGGAGAAGGUUUCAAUAGCAACCUGGCAGCUUCAAGGUAGCAUUUAUCAAGUACAUUCUGUAAAAUGACAGGUACAAGCUGAUCGGUUGCUAUGGGCAACUUCUCCACACUUUCAGAUGCUUGAUACAUUUCUCCCCGUGUGCACAACUAGAUAUCCCACACUAGUAUUUUAGUUCUAACAAAAAAUUUAGAAUCGUUAUCAGCGUAUAGUUUGAGGAACCUUGUACAUGUUGUAAUAUGUUCUAUUUGGCUUUACUUCUUAUUGCAGCUUUUCUUCCAACCUGGAUGUGAUAUUUUUAUUACAAGUUAAAUGAACGUGACUGGCUAAGGUCAAACGUACAAAAAAAACAAAAACAAAGUGAAAAUGUUUGAUUUAAAGGUGAGUAAUGAAUGUAUGCCUGGUAAGGAAAAACAAGUAUUUGGAAGAACAUUACACUCAGUCAUCAAACAGCAUCAGUGAACAAAAUGCAUUAUUUUUUUGUACAAUAUUUUUAUAUAUCGUUAGUACAUAUUUUCUUUUUAUGUCAAAAUGUUGAAAAUAGCUCAGUUUGUUCUUUGGUGCUUUUUGAGAACAUAUUAAAUAUGAACUAAACUUUUACCGAUCAGGUCUAUGUCCGCUAUAGUAUCUGAAAGUAUUCCCUAACUAGAUGGUGCUAGAUUCGUCUGCUGAUUGCUGCCAUGCUUGAAUGGCUCUAUUUGCGUUGCCAGCUGUUGCAAGAAGUCUCUGAAAUAUUUGACAAAACUUACAUUUUAGUUCUGUCUUUGGUGCUGCAGUUUUGAAAUCCAUACCAUAGUCAUAUUAGAGAUGAACUGGGUUUGGGUGACCAACGUUUGGGAUCCCGCCAGUCACCAUACCGACGCCGUUAUCCCGAGGUUUAGAUUGCCGGGGGGGGGGGGUGAGCGGAACAAAGCCCCUUGCAGGGUUGCUGUUAGGGAGGCCAAUCCCGGGAUCGGGAUUUGGGCCCAAAAAUGCCGGGAUUUGAAUCCCGGGAUUGGGAGGCAUGUGCGGGAGGGAGUGUGUGUAAGUGAUACUACUUACAAUUAGGCGGGCGGCAGCCAUAGAUGAACGCUGAACGCGUCGGCACUUCAAAUGUGGCGCUGGCCGCCAGCCAAUCAGAGCUGGCGGAUCGGCAGCCAAUCAGGGAAGCUGCCGCGGCAGCCAAUCAGGAGCGACUGCUGCGGCCGCUUCCCUGAUUGGCUGCUGGUCCACCAGCUCUGGUUGGCUGGCGGCCGACGCUUCAUUUGAAAUGCCGCCGCGUUCAGUGUGUCCAUGGCUGGCGCCCACCUAAUAGUAAGUGGUACUUACACCCACCCUCCCUCCAGCGCCGCUACCAACCCUCCCCGCUACCUACUGUACAUCCUCCCGCCCAGCUACCUACACCCUCCGCACCGCUACCUACACCCUCCCGCCCAGCUACCUACACCCUCCGCACCGCUACCUACACCCUCCCGCCCAGCUACCUACACCCUCCGCACCGCUACCUACACCCUCCCGCCCAGCUACCUACACCCUCCCGCCCAGCUACCUACACUCUCCUGCACUGCUACCUACACCCUCCCUCCCUUCCCCGCCGCUACCUACACCCUCCCGCACCACUACCUACCCUCCAGCGCUGCUCCCUACACCCUUCUUCACUGAUCCCUACUGCAAUCCCGGGAAUCCCGGGAUUGAGCGUUUUUCAAUCCCGAAUCCCGGGAUUGAAAAAACGGCCCGGGAUUGGCCUCCCUAGUUGCUGUGCUCGCCACGCAGUGUGCUCGGUGGCUCGCUGCGCUCGCCACAGGUUCUGUUCCCACUCGAUGGGUGUCAUGGACACCCACGAGUGGGAAUAGUCCCUGUCAGUCGGCAUGCCGACUGUUGGGCUAUUAAGCGUUCAGGAACCUGCCGUUGGUAUAGUCACCGGCGGUCUCCCGACUGCCAGUCACAUAGCUGCAUCCUAGACCAAAGUGCUCUCCCAUUAUAACAGUGACAUCACCUUGUGACAUCACUAGGGAUUUCAUCACAAGCUUCUAGGUUUGGUUCCCUGAUUGGAAUAAAUUGAAUCAACUGUAAUGAUCAGCAUUAUGAUUAAUUUUCUAAGAUUGCUCUGAAAUUGUAAAAUUAAGAUUGUGAGAAACAUGGGCAAGUACUUUUUUGGGGAUAUUUGUAUGGAUUUCCUUAGCUAAUUAAGCCUUAUAUAUCCCAAAGGAAGCAAUAUAAAGGGUUUUUUUUUUUAGUAGAAAAAGAAAUGAAACUUCCCGAUGACACUGAAAUGAUAAUAGGCUUGCUAUUAGAGGUGUAAAUCGCCUUAGAGGCAUAUGCAUUUAUCCACAAUAAAAUAUUCAUCUGUUGCAUCUUAUUUUCACUUAGCGCAGCUAUGUGCGCUCCGAAUUCCCAUAUAAUUCAAUUGGAAAAAGCACUCGCAGGGAAAUUCAGGCCGUUAAUAGCCACUUUAAGUGUAUAGAAAAAUGGGGAAAUCAGCCUGCACCCUAAAAAAGUGCAAAUUAAUUAUGGCUAACAUAUUAGUGGCCAAUAGGAAAAUAUUUGGGGUUCUUAAAAUGUUUCAAAUGGCUGAUUUUUGCAUUUUUUAUUAAUGGUUUAAAAACGAUAGAAAGCAAGUGUUUCCAGCAAAUAAAUGCUUUAAAAUUAGUUUGGGGUGCAUAAAAAUUCCUGUUAAUUUAAUUUUGUGUCAUUUAAAGCAGCUUUUAAAAAUGUGUUUAAAAACACCUGUAACUUCCACCUGUCCCAUCCAUACAGCACCCCCAUACACCUGUCCCACAUCAUUUUACCUAUUAUUAUGCACUUUGCAGAGUAUCACCCCAAAAAUAAAUUGGUCAAAUGUAUUAAAAACUAAUGCUAAGUGCUUUAGUUAACUAAACUAAGUGCUUAAUUAGUCAUUGGGGAGGCCAAUGUCCCAGGGGUCUGAAGCAAGUGCCUCCAUUUUAUCUUAAAAUAGCGCAGGAGCUGUGAGAAAACAGCAGCAUCAAAUCCGAUCUAAAAUUACCGCAGCAAACUUUGCAUGGCUAAUUGAAUAGGAAACAACUCCCAAACUGGCAGGAUUAACUUGCAAUACGGGUAACAUGGCUAAUUGUAUCUGACCCCCAAUCUUUAAAGGGUUAAAGAUGUAGUAUGUCAGCAGCAUUUCUGGGGAACCUCCUAAUUGGUGGAUUGCUGCGCUAAAGUUUAAUUCCAUUUGUAUUUAUAUCCUAUUUUACUCAACUCCACUUUGAACUUUAUGUUGGAGUAUUACAUCUUUACAAUUUCAUAUCAUUAUAUGGGCGGUAUUCAAUUCUUUUCACCCCCUUCCACAAUCGUUCUGUUUCUGCCCUUGGGGGCGUGGUAUCAUCAUUUCAGCACCAAACCCUUUACACAGCUAAACCUGAUGGGAUCCGGUCUUUAGGUCGACAGUAAGUAGGUCAACACUGUGUAGGUCGACCACUAUUGGUUGACAGUAUGUAGGUUGACAUGGUUUCUAGGUCAACGGGGACUCUAGGUCGACAUGACAAAAGGUCGACAUGAGUUUUUCACAUUUUUUUUAAUUUUUGUAACUUUUUCAUACUUUACGAUCCACGUGGACUACAAUUGGUAACGGUAACCUGUGCCGAGCGCAGCGAAGCACCUUGCCCGAAGCAUGGCGAGCAAAGCGAGUCAUGCGAGGGGACAUGGUGCACUAGUUGGGGUUCCCGGUCACUGUACGGAGAAAACGACACCAAAAAAGUAAAAAAUACUCAUGUCGACCUUUUCUCAUGUCAACCUAGUACAUGUCGACCUAGAGUCCCUGUCAACCUAGAAACCAUGUCGACCUACUUACUGUCGACCUAAGUCUAAUCUACCUAACAUACCACACCCAAACCUGAUUACUAGGGACGCGAUAUGUGCGAUAACGGGGAUGAUUUUAGAAAUGAGAUUGGGCGUAAUAUAUCAUUUGAAUACCGCCCUAUGUGUCUUUAAAAUGAUUACUAUUGAGUUAAUAAAAAAUAAAAAAAUCUGAUUCCCCUUCUUUCAAUCACUGCUGAUUUCUCAGUAAUCAAGUCUGUUAAGCCCAUUUUAUGCUCUCCUAUCCGGUAAGGGCAGCCUUGCACAUUGUUUUUCAACCAGACAAUGGGCCGGAUGUAAUGAUGUCCAAGUUUGGUGGCCGUGCGGGUUUCCGGUCGAAUUCUGACUUUUUUCUUAAAGGGGCAAUCACUUACAAAGCAUUGUUUUGUCUUGCAAGUGAUUGCCCCUUUAAAAAAAAAAUUCAAGUUCGGCCGGCAUUCCGCACGGCCGCCGAACUCGGGCGUCAUUUCAUCCGGACCAAUAGUUUAAGAAGCCAGUAUGACACUGUGCACUAGAGACUGCGAUACGGACAAAUUGCGACAAUAGCAAGGAAAGUAGAAAAGCGCAAAAUAAAAUUCAUCCAAUAAAGUGGUUCGUUUCAUGCUUAUUGUUUAUUUACAGAGACUACUGGAUGUAAAACAGGGCCCUUUAUCACUAGACGGAUCUAAAAUGAUCUUAGAAAAUUGUGCAAGUUUUUCUUUAUGAAAGCAUCUCCGUAGGAAUUACAAAUAUACAAUAUUUGUGGUACAUUGGCUGGACUGGAGACAGAUAAAAUGAAGAGGAGUCACAUGUGUCAGUGACACUUUCUUCCUUCUUUACUUAAGGUGCAUUCAAUGUACUGUAGACACACCACUGUAUUGUCCAAUUUGAAGUAUUAUCAAGCUAAUGGUGCAAACACAACAUGCUUGUAUACGUUAUAUAAUAUUGUAUGCAGGAUUAACGCUUAUAAAACAAGAAAAAUUCACUAAAAUGUUUCCUUUUACGUUAACAACCCCCUACCUCCACAUAGCAUAACAGAGGGGGGUCCCUUGUAGAGGACCCUCAAAGUACUUACGUAUUAACCCCCACCUUGUCUGGUUAGUCUGUUCAUCUUGAAUGUAUCCAGGGAGAUGUGCAAAUGUAUUGGAAAAAACACAGAUUGGGUAUCUGGAUAUGGAAAACCAAACAUUGAUAACUGGGGAUAGCAUAGUUGUUUUAGUAAAAAGAAAAGGUAAUUAAAAGUGCACUGAUGAAAACAUAGCAGUACCAUGCUAAAAUAUAUUGCAGUACUGUAUAUAUAUCCCAGAUGGGACUCGAAGUAAUGGAACACUCUGUGGAACUUAUGUAAAAACAUGUAAUACACACACAUGUGCCAUAAUCAACAGCAACCAGUAAUCUUCUAGCUGUUAUUUUUCUAGUGGAAAAUGAAAGCAAAGAUCUGAUUGGUUGCUGCACACUUAAGCACAUUGAACUCCGUUGUUAACGAAAUCGCUUUGGGGGAGAUGAAUCAAACCUUGGAGAGAGAUAAAGUGGAGAAAGAUUAGGUACCACCCAAUCAGCUUCUGACUGCCAUUUUCCAGGUUGUGUUUGAAAAACAACCGUUGAUGAUUGUCUGGUACGUUAUCUCUCGCCACGUUAUCUCUCUCCAAGCUUUGAUACAUUUCCCCCUGUGUAUGUGGGAACAUGUUCAUCUGGUACUAGGGUUUCUUAUAGAAAUGUUGUAAAAUUACAGGUACCUGUACAUACAUUAUUGGUGUGCCCUUCACUGAGCAAUUGGCCUCAAGACUUUUAGUUUAGGAAUUAUUUUGUUUUAGAGUAUUUUAUUAUUAAUAUAAGACUGUUUGGAACGCUAGAUAGAUUACAUUUGCAGCAACGGUGAAUAGCUUACAUAACUGAAAGUUAUACAAUAAUGCGCUUUGUUUGUUGCUAAAUAGAUAAUCAUUUUAGCCAAGCCAAAACAUGUCAUUGCGAUACGUGUUUUUCAUUUAGUAAUAACCAAUAAGCUGAUAAGGGUGCAGUAUUCCAUGUGGUGAAUGAUAUAUAUAUAUAUAUAUAUAUAUAUUGAGUAGAACACUAAACCUUCCAAGUUGUGAAUUUGUAGAGUUAUUAUACCUUUCUAAGCUGUGAAUGUAUCCUCAUCUGUAGACUAAUAACAUGCGGUACAAUAGAUACAAGCUUACUACCAUGGAAUGUUCUGUAACAAUGUGCGCCUGUUCUGUUUAGAAAUUUAAAAAUAAAAAGUGUAAAAAAGCC